AUGCCAAACGACUUCUUCAAUAAUUCCAUGCAUUCGCGUACUUCUUCCCGCUCUGCAGCGCAGACGACAACGAUGAGCACACGCUUGCGACAAUGUCCCUGUACAGCUACUCCCGUCGUGCCACUCUCUCUCACCCGGUACGCACUCUCCUUUUCCACACGUUCAGUGCUUGAAACUACUCUAGAUAUGCCCACACCGCGUGCAUUUGCAUUCCUCUGUGCCAGGCAUGGAAUUGCAUUAAACGGAAGCAUUGACCCACCACUCACGCCGCCCGCACCGAGUCUGUCCGCAACUUCCACAUUACCUUCUCUCUUCAUGUCAGGACGUCCCAGAGAUACACCCUCGCGAUCAAUGACUCAGCACACUGUACCUUCCAUUGCUUGCUGUAGCAAGAGCAUGCAGCACGCAUGCACAGAUACAGAUUCGCCUGUAGCUCAAAUCAGCUCGCUCGACGCUCCGGAUCUCAACCCAGUACACUACCUACCCUUCCUACACGUUGUCAUGGUGAAGACUGGUCUAAUAUAUUCAAAGUAUGAUUCUCCACAACUGGACGCUCCUUUCCUUUCUUUCUCUCUUUUCGUGUCUGCAUGA